AUGCGAUCCGCUCUCCUGCCCACCUCUCUCGCAGGCUUUGGCCUGUCCUCCAUGGCCGCGGCGCUCGUAAGCCGCGACGGCACUACAGGACGUCUGCCCGCGCUGGGGUGGAACUCAUGGAACGAAUACGGCUGCGACAUCAACGAGACGGUGUUCCUCACCGUCGCGCAGCACAUGGUGGAUUACGGCCUGAAGGACCUGGGCUAUGAGUACGUCAACAUUGACGACUGCUGGAGCGACAAGGAGCUGCGGAGGGAUAACGUGACCAAGGAGAUCGUCGUCGACAAGGUCAAGUUCCCGCAGGGGAUCAAGCAUACCGUGGAUCGGAUCCAUGCGAUGGGGUUAAAGGUUGGGAUUUACAGCGACGCGGGAACGUCUACGUGCGGCGGUUUCGAGGGAUCGCUAGGCUACGAGGAGAUCGACGCCGCGACGUUUGCGAAAUGGGGUAUUGACUACCUCAAGUACGACAAUUGCAACGUCCCCAAGGAGUGGUUCGACGACUGGAAAUACGUCCCCGAGCUCUGGCUCGGCGGGCCCCCUAACGAGAACCAAGACAAUGGCGACCCAGUCAAUUCCAAGACGGGCAAGCCCGCGCCCGCCGGGUACGACUGGUCGACUUCCCUGACGGCGGAGCGCUACCGCCUCAUGCGCGACGCUCUCCUCGCGCAGAACCGCACGAUCCAGUACUCCCUCUGCGCCUGGGGCCACGCCCACGUCGAGGCCUGGGGCAACGAGACGGGCCACAGCUGGCGCAUGUGGGGUGACAUCUACCCGGAGUGGUACGGCCAGCACCAGUGGUCGUGGGGCCUGAUGCCGAUCCUGAACCACGCGGCGUUCUGGAGCGGGCCCGACGUGAACGGGUUCUGGGGCCACGGGGACUGGGACAUGCUCGAGGUCGGCAACGGGAACCUGACGUACGAGGAGAGCAGGAGUCAUUUCGCCUUUUGGGCCGCGCUCAAGAGCCCGCUGAUUAUCGGGACGAAGCUGGAGGGCAUCAAGCCCGAGAUCCUGGCCGUCCUGGCGAACAAGGAGCUCGUCCGGUUCAACCAGGACCCGGUCUUUGGCGGCGCUGCGCAGCCGUACAAGUGGGGCGUCAACCCGGACGGCGCCUGGAACAUCACCCACCCGGCCGAGUUCUGGUCCGGCGAGUCCGUCGCCGGGACGCACGUGUUCGUGCUCAACACGCUCGCGGGAACCGAGGAGAAGACGAUUGCGUUCAAGGACGUGCCCGGGCUGGAGGGUGGGAAGAAGUACGUCGUGCACGACAUGUGGACGGGCGAGGACGUGGGCGUGUUUGAGGACGAGUACAAGGUCGAGCUGGCGAGCCACGACACGGCGGCGUUGAGGAUCAACGAGGUCAGGUGCGUCAAGAAACCGGCGCGCACGUGA